AUCUGCAGACGCCACUAGUUCACGUGACGCUUCACAGCUUUCAGUUGGAGGCAGAGCAGACGCGGAUGAUUCGCGUACCGAGAAAUCGCACUUCGAACUACCGACACGUCGUUAAAACAAUUCUCACCUGUAUCUCCAAUUGGAAAAAAAAUAAUAAUAAAUUUGACAGUGUGCCAAGUCAAGUGCACUUUGCUGCGGGGAGGACCCACCUGCGCCGGCCGCGGCCGAGCUCCAUCCAUCUGUCUGUCGCUUCAUCUCCACAGGCUUUCUGCGUCACCGGGGCACAAACGCUAAAGCUAGUACAGUCAGUGCAGUUGUACUGUCUGCGGUGACACGACGGAAAUGAUGAAACUAUCCAUGGCUCGUGGCUCGCUGUUGCUCCUCACUUGGUUUGCCGUGUUGGGCUGUCUUCAGGCUGUUACUCUUGAAGUGAAGGAGAGGAACUCCACGUGCAUCAAGGCUGAACUCUCUGCAUCGUUCUCCAUCACGUACAACACUUCCAGCGGCUUGAGAACUGUGCAGGUGCCGUUGCCUGACAGAACCACAGUCGAUGCGACAAGUAGCUCAUGUGGCACAGUUGGCAGCUUACAAUGGCUGGUGGCAACGUUUGGCUCUGGACACACAAUUGGGCUGAGUUUCUCAACCAAUGGAAGUCUUUACAAUGUGGCCACACUGACGCUGCAGUACAACCUCAGUGACUCCUCUACCUUCCCCGAGGCCAACAGCUCAGCUGUGGUGACUGUUGUGUCAGCUUCAGUUGGGAUCUGGGGGGCAAUCAACACCACCUACCAUUGUGUGAGCCCCAUCUCUGUAGUAGUUGGGGGACAGACAGUCACAUUCUCUGAUAUGAGACUUGAAGCGUACAUGCCAGGAAAUGAUCUGAGUCCAAAACUAAUAUGUGCUGCAGAUCAGGUUAGCACAACCACUCCUACCACCACCACCCGUACUCCAAUCACACAGUCGCCAACACCCACACCACCUGGAACUCCUAAACGGGGAGUUUACUCCAUUAGAAACAGCAAUGGGACAGUCUGUCUCUUGGCCCAAAUGGGACUACAGCUUAAUUUCUCCUACGUCUCUCAGUCUCAGAAUAAGACUAUGCAAGAAAUUUUUAAUCUCACCCCUAAUCUCACAAUUUCUUCUGGAUCAUGUGACUCCAGAAGAGCUACCUUAGUUCUGACUCAGGACAGAACCACCACACUAAACCUCAUCUUUUCCCUGAACUCCACCACCAACAAAUACCACCUUAGCGGGAUAAACAUGCUCGCCAAUUGGUCUGAUAUGACAGCUCCCUUUUCAGCGAGUAACACCAGUCUUGACUACCUGCGAACUACACUGGGACGCUCCUACAUGUGUGAUGCAGAGCAAACUCUGGCUGUGGUGCCAAGCUUCUCUCUCAACACAUUCAGGCUGCAGCUUCAACCCUUUGGAGUCACCACCAACCAGUUUGCCACAGCGGAGGAGUGUCAGAUGGAUCAAGACCAGAUGCUCAUCCCCAUCAUUGUUGGAGCAGCCCUUGCCGGCCUCGUGCUGAUUGUCCUCAUCGCAUAUCUAAUAGGCCGCAAGAGGAGCCAAGCUGGAUAUCAGACCAUCUGAACAGAACCGUCUUCUGAGUGUGAAGUGUAACAAUGAGAGGGCAAAACUGCAGACAAGCAUUAGUCAAUUGAAACAAGUGUUGCUAUGUCUGCAUGUUGUUUCAUAAUUGGAUAUUAUUUUCUCUUUCAAUUUUUUUCUGGGAUGAUCAAGAAAAGCCAAAAUGCAACUGCAUCAAGACUGAGUCCAGGAUAGAGGUAGCAUGUUAACCUUGAUGUUUUUAGAAUGUUUUUAUCUUUUUGAAAUUAUACUUGCAUGAAUGUCUGUUUUCAACUUAGUAAAUUAUUGAUAAAUCAUUUAUUUCCCCACUAGUUAAGAGUCAGAGAGGUAAUAUAAUGAACUGAAGGAUAAAGAUUUAUUUAUUUUUGCUCAUUUUUGUAAGACGAAUGGACAGCUAAGAAUGUGUCUAUUCAAAUGUUAUCAAGGAGUUAUUAGGGUGAGUCUCCCAUCAACAGGCAAUGAGCCAAAGUUCUCCUCCCACAAUGCUUAGCAAUGAAGAGUUGUUCUGCACUGCCUUUUUGAUCCUAAACAUACAUUUUGUGCUUUAUUUUUUAAAUCAGUAAGUGUGGUGAUCCAACAAUCAAAGUCUGCCUUGUGGGUUUGAUUUCUAUUGCCGAUAUCCUCAACAUCUACAAAAAAGUGUUCAUAGGAACUGUAGGAAUUUGAUCUUUAUUUUUAUAGAAAAUGCUUUUAUGUCUUUUUUUGCAUUGUGCAUACUACUGCAAGAUAAUAAACAUAUUGGUGGUGA